AACACUUCAUAAGCUCGUUAUUGACGCAGUAGCACAUGUCGAAAAUUCUGGAUUCUUCGUUGAUGCUGUAACUACCGGUGGAGCUUCGUGGAAUCGUAAAAUGUGGAAGAAGUUUGAAAUAGCUGAGAAUAAUGUUGACUGUAAACAUCCUCUAAAUGAUGACCGCAAAUUAUGGUUUUUCUCUGAUUUUCCCCAUCUAAUCAAAACUUUACGUAAUUGGGUGGUAAAAAACAAAAUUUUCAUGACACCUGACGGCGGUGUUACAUUAGGUAAUUGGGAAGCUGUACUGAGAGCUGAACCACCAGAUUCACCGGCCCCACGCCUUGCUCAUGUUUUGUCAUGGGAACAUUUAAAUCCAAGUGGAUUCCGAAAGAUGAAUGUACCGAUGGCAUUUCAACUAUUUUGCCCGCAAGUUCAAGUGGCAAUGGCCCUCCAUGUUAAAGAGAGUUUGCCUUCUAGACUGUUCUGCAACAGAGUCGAUGAUUUGAUCACGGCCAUGAUGUCUCUAACUCCAGCAGGAGCUUUAGGUCACAAUUCUGUGCACAAGAAGUCGAUUGCAGAUUUCUUACCAUAUUUGAAACAAUGGGAAGAUCUGUGCAAUACCAGUGAUCCAGUAUUGACGUCUUUCUCAGCACCGACACUGCUUGGAUUGAAAGUUACUCUCCAGGCGACCCUCGAGCUUUUUGAUUAUCUUCAUACGAGGCACGGUUAUCAGUAUCUCAUGACUUGUCGUGUCAAUCAGGAUGUACUCGAGAGGUUCGUCGGUCUCGUCCGAGCAGCAUGUGGGUGCAACGACCAUCCUGAUGCACGAUAUAAUAUCUCCGGAGAAGACAUCUUAGAAACGUUGAUAAGUCUCAAAGAUCAGAGAAAGUUGGAGAAUUCAUCCAGAAAACAAGAAUGGUUGGAUUUACUGGAUGCAGAGCUCAAUAAUAUUGAAUGGGUUGCCUUCAGCGAAGACAGCGUGGGUGAUCGGAAUUUUCCAGCUUAUCAUCCUCUCUUAGAUCACGAUUAUUGCAUCUCAAACUCGGAAAUUGAAGACAUGGAGAUAGACGAAGAACGACCUGGCCAGCAAGAAACACAGCCUGGAUUGGACCACAAUUACCACAUCAUAAGUACGAGUGACUAUGUUCAAAGUUAUAUAGCUGGAUACGUCGCUCGAAAAAUCGGAGGAUAUACCCGGUGCCAGGCUUGUCUACUGUGUACGCGAUCAUCUCAUCCCGACAAAAGAGAUGAAGCUAUCAAAUUUUUAUCCAAAGGAUAUUUAAUUUAUCUCAGUUCGAAUCUAUUUGCCUUAACUAAAGCAAUAGAAAAGAUUGUUUUGGCAGAAGUUUCGGAGAAUGGAAUUCAAUUUGACACAGUUCUCAAAAUAUCCAUCAAGUACUGGCAGCAAUUGGAACGAGAUGUGGCUGCAUAUGGAACACCAAAACAUUGGCUCCUCAGUAUUUGUGAAGAAAUAUCGGAAGUGGUCUUUGUAUUGAAAGACAUAAAAAGUCAUCCGCGGCUGUACUGCCGAGUAUUGGAAGAUAUGUCAAUUAAAAUCGAAAGCCACGAUGGGCUAGUGUUUCGUCGAUAUUCUGGACGUGCGGAUAGUUAUGAAACUGUGAAUGAACUCUUGAUCUACUUGUCCAAGCUGAGAAUCUGCGUCGGGACGCAAUGGUAUGAAAAUAGGCGUUCAACAGAAUGCACAAUUAUCAUCAAUCAAUGUGAUAUUCCAUGGAAUAAUUACGGUGAUCGACGAUGUACGCACUGUGCUGCAGAAAGACGUCGUCAUCAAAAUACUGAAUUUAUACGGGAGAAAAGGAGAAGACUGAAAUAUGAGCAGGACGUUAAGCGAAGAUCAGACUUCAAGAAAAUGAAAAAAGAAAAUUCAAAAUUAGCUGAAGAACUUGCAAAAUUGAAAGAGGAAUUGGAAAACGCGAGAGUCGCUCUUGCGACUGCGGAUGAACGAGUUGUGGAGGAAGCGAUUCGCCUGUUGCCGGAAGCACAACAAGAAGCGGUCCGUGCUUGUUUUGCGGCUUCGAAAUGCGGCUAUGGAUUUCAAGAGGCUUUAUUCGAAUGCUUGAAAGAAAAAUCGUCUCAUAUGCCCGAUAGUGAUAAAAGAGGUGUAUUGUUAAUUGAUGAAAUGAAGCUCAGUGAAGGUGUAUCCUUUGAUACGAAGACCAUGACAUUCCGAGGCUUUACGGAUCUGGGAGACUACACACCUGAGAACAAGAAAAACAAAGUUGGGGACCAUGCACUGGUAUUAAUGUAUCAACCCUUUCGUGGUACAUGGGUACAGACAAUUGGAUGUUUCCUAAGCCAAGGGAGUGCUAAUGGAGAUACUCUUCACAAAUUGCUUAUAGACGCAAUAGCAUUGAUGGAAAAUUCUGGAUUUUGCAUUGACGCUAUAGUUACGGAUGGUGCGUCGUGGAAUCGUUCUAUGUGGAGAUUGUUCAAUAUUGGAGAGCACCUUGAUGAGAACAAGAGCAAGACACUACGUGCAAAUUGCCAACAUCCCAUGGAUGAAAACCGUAGAUUGUGGUUUUUAUCCGAUUUCCCACAUCUCGUUAAAACUUUCCGGAAUUGGGUAGUGAAGAAGAAAAAAUUCACGACGCCUGAUGGAACGGUGAACAUCCAACAUUGGCGGAAUAUUUUGAUAAAUGAACCCGUUUAUAACAGCAGCUUGAAAAGUGCGCCCAUGUUAUCAGAAGCUCAUUUGAACCCAGAAGGCUAUCAAAAAAUGAACGUGCCGAUGGCUUUCCAGUUAUUUUGUGACAAAGUUCGGGUGGCAAUGAAGAAACAUACUCCCCAUGGCAGUGAAGCUUCAGUGGCGCUUUGUAAACGAGUGGAUAAUUUAAUCCAAGCAAUGAUGUCACGUUGUCCCAGUAAUGCUUUACGUAAGGAUGGAUCACGUAGGAAGGCUAUCACGGACUUCCAGUCAUUUCUAGCAGAAUGGGAAACAGAAUGCCAAACUUCCAAUCCACGUCAGCAGUGUUUAACAAACGAGACUUUGCUAGGCCUCAAAGUGACACUGCAGGCAACUAUUGAACUGUCUGAUUAUCUUUAUGAAUGUCACAACUAUGACUAUCUGAUGACGGUUCGACUCAAUCAAGAUGCACUCGAGCGCUUUUUUGGUAUAAUGAGAUCUGCAUGUGGUUGUAAUGACCACCCGAAUGCUUUGCAAUUUGCACAACUGUACAGGCUACUGUGUGUGUACUCACUAGCAAAGCCACCGAAGAACAGCAAUAUCUCAGGGGGAGAAAUACUGCGUACACUCAUGACGGUGAAAAAUGUAUCGAAGACUGCGCCUGAAUCAGUGAAAGAGAAAUUCAUGAAACUUCUAGAUAGAGAACUUGACAACAUCGAAUAUGGAACUGAUGACAACGAAAAUAUCCUCAACGAAGAGGAGCCCACCUUCCAUGAUUUACCUGCGCAACCCCAACUGGAUCACAAUUACACGGUGCAAAAUACCAGUGAUGAUAUUCAAAGCUAUGUCGCUGGGUAUAUAGCACGAAAGGUACUGCGCUAUACAAAAUGUAAAUCGUGUAUAUCUCACUGCAGAUCGUCCACGCCAGAAGAACGGGAUGUAAUGAUAGAAGAAUUAUCACUUGGAUAUUUGAUCUAUCCCAGUUCUAAUCUCUUCAAAUUGACCAAAGAUAUUGAAACUAUAGUACAAAACAUAAUGUCCAAAACCACAGUACAAUGCGAUACAAUUCUAAAUAUAGCUGAAGCAGUGCAUGGUGAAGCGAGCAAUUUUGUUUUAAUUGGAUGCAAGGAACAUUGCUACGCUUUGACUGGUGAAGUAAUUUAUUUUUAUUUGACAAUUCGAGGACAUUUCCUAGCCAAUUUUUUCAAUAAAGAGAAUGGGGUUAAAAAGAAGCAAAAGAAGAAAUACAAGAAGCUAUCGAAGAUGACAUAGAGAUAUCUUUGAAUCAUUAAUUGAUAUUAUUCUUAUUAUGGCAGGGGAAUUAUAAUUUUGUUGUUAUUUACUUCUCAUAAUGUUCAUUGAUAAACUUGUUAAAUAUUGUGCAAUCACUGGCGAACUUGUAAAUAGAAUUUCAUGUAAAUACGUCUCUAAAUAACAUUAUAGUAAAGAAAUAUAUUUUACGUAGAAAGGUA